AAGCAUAUUCAUGGACCAAAAGGCCAUGAAAUGGAAAAAAUCGAAGUGCUGUCGCAAAUAAAAUUGAAGUGUCAAACCAAUUCCGACGACACCAAAAAAAUAUUUAAUGAUGUUCUCGCGAGAAAAACAAAUGGAGAAGAGGAAAUAGAAAUAAGUUAUGAUACGGUGAAACGCACUCUACAGCGAAAAAGACAACCCUUUCUUCCAAAAUCUCCAAUUACUCCCGAGGACGUGCGCGAUGCUUUCAAUGAUGAAAAUAUCAUGAACCGUUUUGGCAUGACAAAAGGAAAUUUUCCGAAAGUUUUUUUUAAGAAAUUAUAUGCAUCAAGUUCAUUUGCCUAUUGUGUAUUUGCGUCUGACAAGGUCAUCACUUUGAUGCAAGCCAAUAUUGAGGAGCAGAAUAGGCAUUUUUUAAUAGAUGCUACAUUUAAAGUUUGCCCUUUCGGGGACUUUAAGCAACUGCUUCUUAUUUAUGUUAAACACAUGCAAAAGAUAACACCGUUCCUAUUUGUUUUGAUGACUCGUAAAACAGAGCUCUGUUACCAACACCUAUUUACAUAUGUUGACUCAAACAUUUUCUGUCUUAAUGGUGCAUCAUUUAUAUCGGAUUAUGAGAAGGCGAUGCGCAACGCUUUGAAAAAUUUGCAUCCAAAUAUGAAUUUCUUUGCUUGCUGGUUCCAUUUUACCCAAGCAUGUAAAAGAAAUGCAAUCAAAACUAUUGGUUUGGAGAAAAUGCUUUCGUGCAAUAAACAUGCGUAUAUGCUGUUUAUGAAAUUUCUAUAUUUACCUCUUUUACCGGAAUGCAAGAUUGUUAAAGCAUUUAGUCUUCUUGAAGCUCAAGCCACAGCCUUAGAUAAGAAGAUGUUUUCGCCCUUUUUAAAAUAUUUUAAGAAGCAGUGGCUUCAGAAAGAAGGACCUAAAAAUAUAUCGGUAUACAAACGAUCCACAAGAACCACGGGCUCAGUUAAAGCAUACAAUUUAAAUCUGGGCAAUAAAAUUCGAGCAAAGGGACACUUUUUCAAAUUUGUGGAAUGUAUAAUUGAUGCGGAGUAUGAAAAAAGUCGAGAAUUCGCUCUUCUCUUUCAAAAUGGUGGGAUAGGUUCAACACAACCAAAACCUAUACGUGAUCGCGCUCAAAAAAUUAUGGAUGCAAUGGAUUUGUUUGACAAGGGAGAAAUUGACAUACAGGGUUUUUUGACACGACCGUUUUAAAAAACAGGACCUGUUCGACAGUGUGCAUAUGGACUCUAAUUUGUCGGGAAUGUCAUCUGAAAUGAAGGCAUCAACAUCAUCGCUUUCGUCGAGUGACUCAAAAUCUAGUCAAAUAUCCGAUUCAUCUAUAUUUCAAAUGAAUCCCUGCAAUGUAUGUCUCAUCGAACCAAAAUCGGUUUUAUUACGCCCAUGUAAUCAUUUGAAUAUUUGUGCAGGAUGUUGGGAUCAAAUUCUGGCUCAUAAUCAAGAACAGAACGAUGAUCCUAACGAUCCUGGCAGUGGUGAACCAAAAUGUCCAACGUGUCAACAAGUUGUCAAAGAAGCUAUCCGUAAUGUUUAUAUAUAUAAUUAAAAAAUUAAAAUAAUAAACUAAGUUUCAUGCAUUUAAAUAAAUGUAUGUAAUAUGGGCAAUUCUCUGACAGAAUUUGUGGGACCGUCUUUACAGUGAAAAAAACAUAAACUAAACCAAUUUGAAAAUAAGUGAAAGUUAUUCUUACUAAUCUAGAGCUAUGAGAAUAACCUUUCCUUAUUUUUAAAAUGUGUAUAGUUUAUGUUUUUUUCACUGUAAUGACGUUCACACAAAUUCGGUCAGAGAAUUGUUCAUAUGUAUAAUAUAU